GCAGUGUUGGAUGUUGGAUGAAGCCAGUCUCAGGAAGAGUCGGGAGACCGAUCUGAAAUAUUUAAAGGAGAUUGAACUGGCCAAAAUAAGGUUCUCAUAUUUAGUGAUUACUGCACUGGGACGUCGUUUGAACGUUCGUCAGGUCAUUAUUGCUACCGCCAUAACUUAUUUUAAAAGAUUUUAUACAAAAAACGGCUAUAAAAACACAGAUCCAUAUCUGGUUGCUGCAACUUGCAUGUAUUUAGCGUGUAAAAUGGAAGAAUUUCCUCAGCACAUCAAGUCGGUUAUACUAGAAAUGAAGAACGUUACUGCCGAUCAAGGAGGCUUUGCUUACGAUAACCAAAAAGUGGCAGAGAUGGAAUUUUACCUCCUCGAAGAGCUUGAAUUCAAUCUUAUUGUUUAUCAUCCGUACCGCACACUGAAAACUUUAGCUAUAGAUCUAGGACAAAAGAGCGAUGUCAUUCAGCGAGCGUGGCACAUUGUGAACGAUCUGUUUAGGACAGACAUUUGUCUUGUAUAUCCGCCAUAUAUGAUUGCUAUCGCAGCUGUAGGUUUUGUGAUUAUGAUAAAAGAGGCAAGAGCUAAUCACAAUGGCAUAGAUACAAGAACAAGAAAAGGGAAUGGGAGCGUGGGAGGGAUUGGAAGCGGGAGCAGACAUGAAGGAAGAGGCAUUUCCGGGAUUAAGGAAUUGAAACAGUGGUUUUCCGGAUUACAAGUCGAUAUGGAAAAGGUAUUGGAAAUAAUAAGAAAUAUCAAAAAUCUUUAUUCACAAUGGCGUGAAGUAAAUGAAAUCAAGGCACAAGAUGUAUUGCGAAAGUUGAGAGAAGCUCAGAAUAAAAGUUGA